AAUGUUCAGCAAUAAUUUUCUGAGGGUUAGAUAAACGUUGUGUGAUUGAAAUUUCUGGACAACACAAUCAUAUUCAAUAUUCAACUAAGAAAAUAGAAACAUACAUUUUGAGAGAAAAUUAAUAAUAAUGUAGUUUUAAAUUGAAAUUGGCGACAUCGCAGAGUUUUAUAUGCUUAAUCAUUUUGAAAAUAUCAUUUUGGACUGAAACAACAAGACGUCCACGUGGAAACGCGUUAUAGAAAUCGGCCAUGACAUUUGCAGUGUAAUAAAUAAAACCAUCAAGUCUCCGUAGCUUCAUUGAUGGUAACAUGGAUUGAAUAUACUCCUUCGUGAUAUCGUUAACCUUGUAAACAACAACAGUAUGGCGAACAUUAUAAAUUUGACGAGAAAUAAUGUUGACAAUAGCAGCGUUAUUAACGACCGUGUUGGUGUAGAAAGGUACUGUGACAAAGAUGACAAACAGCAAUUGUCGUACAACCCAUUCCAGAUGCGAGAUAAGUCCAGUACAACCACAGCUAUUGGCGCCUUAUUGCAUUUAAUGAAAAGUAGUCUUGGGACAGGUAUACUAGCCAUGCCGAAUGCGUUCAAAAACGGCGGACUUAUUUUCGGACUGUUUGGAACUUUAGCCAUCGGAGUGCUAUGUGCGCACUGCAUCUACCUUUUGAUACUAUGCUCGCAGACAUUGGCUCGCCGUAUACGUCGUCCAGCCCUUGGAUUCGCCGACACUGCUUAUGUGGCGAUUAAUUCAGGACCUCGUCGAUUUCGUGCCUGGUCUUCGGUCGCCAAAAGUUUCGUCAAUGCGGCACUGUUUUGUACAUACUAUUUUGGCAACUGCGUGUAUGUCUUAUUAAUAUCUACCUCAUUUAAACAAGUCGCCGACAAUCAUACGUCUCCAGAAUGGCAUUUCUCCAUUCGUACUUGGAUCUUGGGUCUCGCUUUACCACUUCUUCCGCUUGGUGUUAUACGCACGCUCAAGGUGUUAGUUCCACUAUCAGCCAUAGCUACAGCAUUCAUUCUCGUCGGCUUAGGGUGUACCAUUACGUGGGUGGUGACCGGUAUCAGUCCAUUUGUUGACAACAAAACUUUAGCGGCAUCCGUUGCGUUGCCUGAUAUUGGGUCUCGUCCUUGGAUCGCUCCCAUUACACAAAUUCCACUAUUCUUCGCCACUGGCGUCUUUGCCAUGGAGGGUAUUGGCACGGUCCUCCCGAUUGAGAACUCGAUGCGCAAACCCAAAUAUUUCCUCCACGGUCGGCCGUGUGGAGUAUUAAACUUCGCCAUGAUGAUAACAGUGCCUUUUUAUGCUGCCAUCGGUUUUCUCGGAUAUUUGCGCUUUGGUAAUACCACUGAAGGUUCGAUCACAUUAAAUCUACCCAAUGACUUAUUUUCUGAGAUUGUUAAGAUGUUGGUUACGCUUUCAAUAAUUUUCUCAUACGGCCUACAAUUUUGUGUACCCAGCGAAAUCGUAUGGGACAGUCUGGAACCGUGGCUGCGAAAAUACAAACAAAAUGCCAAAUAUUCAACUUCCACAAACAGUAAAGUGGAAACAGAUGUUGUUAGCAAUAAUGACACCAUAAACACGGUGAUUUCCACAGCAAGUACUAUGUCUUAUGAAACAAUUGAACGGCCUGAAGUGGAGCUAGAACAAAAAGAAACCCCUAUGAACGGAGCGUAUUACAUUAUGCGAGCCAUCAUGGUUAUUAUCACAUUUUUUAUAGCUGCCAUUGUACCCAACCUCGCCCCUGUUAUUUCAUUAUUCGGAGCAGUAUUUUUCUCCAUUCUAGGCCUCUUAUGUCCGGCCGUUAUACAUUUGUUUACUUUCUGGGAACAAUGUGAUUAUUGGGAUGGUGAUGAUUAUGAGAAAUCGAAUGAUAAGAAAUUAAACAAGCAAAAAUAUGUCACAGCCACAUUUGAUGACAUAGAUCUAAAGCACUGUGACAAUUUACAAGAAAAUAAUAGCAAGUUAGCGGGUGAAACAAAAGGCAUGAGCUGGUUAACCGUUAUCAAAGAUUGUAUCAUAAUUUUAUUUGCAUUGUUCACUCUGUUUGCUGGAGCACAUGCUUCACUUGUAGAUAUUGUCGCAUUUUAUGGAUCUGUCGAUAUAAUUCAAGCUAUCAAUUCUACAGCAAUACCUACUAUAUAAAACACAAAUAAUAAUCAAAUCAUAAUUGAGUUGCUUGUUAACUGAAAAAUAUAUACUUACCAUGUCUAUAUGUAAAAACCUAUCAGUGUUUAUAAUGUACGCUAGAAAUCAUAUUUACACAAACACCAUUUAUUAUUUAAGCGUAAAUAAAAUUAAUACUUCAUUAUUAGUAUUAUUGUUCUUCAA